CUCCCCCACUCACCCCCACCCCAUUCCCACUUCCAUCACCGCCACUGCUCACCACCACCACUAAUGGCCACACCGUCACCACCACCACCAUCAUCCUCACCUCCAAACCGGCCCAAGAAAGCUCAACCCCUCCCAUGGUCCCACCAAGAAACCACGCACCUCAUCCAAGCUUACCAAGAAAAAUGGUACUCCCUCAAGCGCGGCCAGCUCAAAGCUUCCCAAUGGGAGGAAGUUGCCGUCACCGUCGCCGCCCGCUGCAACUACGACGAGCCCUCCAAAUCCGCCACCCAGUGCCGCCACAAAAUCGAAAAGCUCCGUAAACGCUACCGCGCCGAAAAACAGCGCAUCGUCAUCGGCGCCGCCGCCUCCUCCUCCUGGCCCUACUUCCAUCUCAUGGACUCCCUCGAACGUGGCCCCCUCCCCAUCUCCGCUCAACCCAUGUCCGUUCUCAAAUAUGAAAAGGCAUACCCCUACUCUCACAACUGCAAACCCAAUGACGAUAAUGUCGGCAACGACGAUUACAGCAAUUCUAGCAACGACGAAGAUUCUGGGGCUCUCAAAACCAGGUCGCGCAGCAUCAAUUAUAUUCUGCAGAGGCCCGCUGUUGUCAACCGGUUUGCAGUAGACCCGAAAUUGAACUGGAGUACAGAGCAGGAGGAGACGGGGGCGGUGGUGGUGGAGGGAGGGAAGGGCGUGGUUUGGGAGUUGGCGGGAGAGAUGAGGGCUUUUGCGGAGAGGUUUGUGCGGAUGGAGAAUAUGAAGAUGGAGAUGAUGAAGGAAACAGAGAGGCGUAGAAUGGAGAUGGAGAGCAGGCGAAUGGAGAUGAUUGUGGAGUCACAGCGGAAGAUUGUGGAGACAAUUGGGAGGGCCCUGGGGUCUAAUAAGAAGUUGAAGAUGAGUCAAGAGAUAUGAAGGUUUAUGUUUCCUUUCUCUCUCUGUGUUUAAGUUACAGAGUAGGAAAGUUUCUGGAUGAUAAUAAUUUGAAUUAGGAUGAAUAAUAGAUUCUGUACAGUGAACUCUAGAAUUAGCAUGUUUUGAAUAAGGUGGCUGCCUGAUUCUUUAGAAAGUAAAAUAGGGAUUCUUUUUCAUUCAUCCCUUUCAAUUAAUGUCAUCAAGGCUUGAUGAGCACAAAUCUUGUGGUUCUGACAGAAAAUUUUGAGUUUAUGUUAGUGGAUUUUGUUCAUUAGAAGAAAAGAGUUUUGAGGAUUUGUGUCACUGGGCACCUUUCAAAUAUUGAUUCAAUGUGUGCUCCAUUUCAA